AUGCCAAAAAUGUCAUAUUGCACCUAUCGAUUUCCAGUUGGGAGUGGAAUUAUGCGUUUGACCCACAUCUAUUCCAGCGGUGUUGUCAACAAGCCACUCCAGUUAUGCGAAAUACAUUAUCCUAUGCGGUCUUCCCUGAUGUAUGAGUCAAUUGAGGUUGUACAAAACUUUCGGCAAACAAGAUACACCGCCAACUUAUUUUCGAUAUUUCACUUUAUCAAAAUGGCAGUCCCAGAACAAUAUAGUUCCAGACAGUUCGAGCGAAAGAAAAUAAAUUUCAAAGGUAUCAAACAGGUCUUAAACGCGGAAUCUCAAGUUAGCUAUUCACCAGAUGCUGUUCUUUACAAUCAUCUAAAUGCACCACCAUGCAUUUGUCCACCUAUGAAAGUUUCUGAUUUAAGUGGGAUACCAACUGCUUAUACAGAUCCAUUGACAAAACUAAAUUAUGCAACUUGUUCUGAGUUUAAAAGAAUACGUUAUUUGCCUCAGCAUAUCGUUAAUGGGUACCUGGCUUUGAGAGGAGUAUCUAAUAUUUGA